UAAACCGAAGAAGUAGAAGAAAAUAUCACAGUAACCCAUUAUCAUGUGAAAUAGCUAUUUGAAAAUAUGGAUUUGGUCUUACAAACUUCAUGAAGGAAAUGGAUUCAUUUCUUAGCGAAUUUGAAGAGGCCAGUAAGACGGAGCUGCGCUGGCUGCGAGAGCUAUACCAAUUUGUAGAAGACAAUUUGUGCACUGUGACAGGCCACAAUGCUGGUUAUUCUGCUGCACAGCUGGCGUUGGCAGUGGUUAGAAGAGUUCAACGGGCAGUGGGCACCAAGACCGCCAUGCUGCCCGUCGGCUACAGGUUAGUCUCCGUUUCGGAACUGGUCACCAGGCAACACACGUUCUGUUGUAGCCAUCUCACCUGGACCACCACUGAGUACAGAGAGUGGACCAAAGAAGCAGAGGGAGUGCUGUCCAAUUACAAAGCUUUGUCGCCUGCCUACCUUCUCCUGAUUGGUUUUCUGAUUGAUGGCAGUUCAGAGCCAGGUGUAACAUGUGAUGGAACUUGGAAAGUGAUGGAUGGAAGUGGGAGUGUAACCUGUGAGGUUCUCAACCCCUCACCUGAGUGGCUUGAGCAGCUGAUGCUAUUUCCCAGUUGGAACUACAUCCCCCAGCAUGCUUCAGGUCAGGGACAGGAACCAAAGGGCUACCUCGAGAUGAGUGCUUCACCCCUAUCUCUCGUCCCCAGUCCUAAAGCCUUUGAUCCUGGGGGGUCUCUCUCUAAAUUAAUGGGGACCGGGGAAGCUGCCAAAGUACUGGGGCUGAGGGAAAGGCAAAGAGGCGUUCGUCUCCAUGUGUUCGGGCAAAUUUGCACAGUGUGCCCCCUGCUGGAAAUUGGGGUGAAGUCAUUCUUCUGUUUCUGUCUGAAAGAGGGGGACAGCACUGUUCCUGUGCUGGUCAUGGACCCUGGCUGUCUGCGCUGGCGGCAGUGUGUGCACGUGGCCGCGUUUGUCUGCGCGUCGGGUCUGCGUGUCUGCGGGCUGAGGGAGUGGCCGGGGCACAAAGUUCUGUGUGCCACCCCCGAGUCGCGCUUGCAGGUCCUUAAACAGCCCCCGGCCACUCUGCUGACCUGGGAGGAGGCGCUUGGCUCCUCUGGGCAUCAUGGGAAAACAGGGUUGGAGAGUCAGGGGCGACAGGAAAUGGAGACGGACACACAGUCUGAGACGGACACACAGUCUGAGGCGGGCACACAGACUGAGGCGGGCACACAGACUGACAAAGAAAAACAGGCAGAGUUGGACACGCAGACCGAUAUGCAGACAAUUACAACUCUGCCACAGAAUUUCCCUGUAGCCAAGACCAAAAUUUCCAAAAUGAUCAGCUAUAAGGGCGUGGUAUCGAAGGUGCUGAACUCAGAGGCGGGGCUCUAUGAGAUUGACGGGACGGUUGGGCUGUGCCUAGCCUAUCAGCCUCUGCAGAGAGGAGGCCAUCGCUUGCGGCCAGGGGCAGAAAUUGAGCUCCAUGAUGUUCAUUUCCUGUACCGGCCAUCCCCGCACGCCCUUCCCACAAUGCUGUGCGCGUGCCUGCGCUCCAGCAUACGGGUCAUAUCCUUCAGCCGACUGGAAACAGAGCUGACUUCCUGCCACCCCAGGGACUCCCCUGCACUCUGCCUCCUGCUGGAAAGGAACCUGGGCGUUUCCCAGUACCUGUGGCUGUGUCACUGUCUGAGCGCGCUCAGAGAGAGGCUGUGCCCCCGCUGGGUGCGAGAGGGGCGUCUAAGGGCAGUAGCACGAAGGCUGUUGAGCUGUGUGGUGCCGCCGGGGCGGGAAGGCGGGAGACCAAGGGAACUCUACAAAGAGAUGCUGGAGGAGCCUCACUGCUGCCCCCUAACAGAGUACUCAGUGGACAGUCCUUCAUGCGAGUUGAUCUCCAUGCGAGAUCUGCGGUCCUGGAUGGAGGGAGAGUGUUGGGAUUCCAUGUCCCUGCCGUCCUUACUGCCCGCCUCAGCCCCCCAUCUUACCCGUGCUGCACUGAACCCUCUGCUCGCCUGGUCUGUCCACGUCCUGUCUGCUGGGACCCUGCCCAAACCCAAGGUGCUGGUAGGUGUGUUGCGGGUGAGUGGGCGAGGGCCAUGUAUACAGUUGGAGGACCAGACGGGGGUGAUGGACUGUGUAGUCGUGGAAAAGAGAGAUGGCCAAUCCUACUGUGCUGCCUACAACACUGCCUGGUUAGAUUGUUUAGUGUGCGUUCAGCGCUACGCUCUGGUAAUGGAACGAUUUCUGACGGCCGACUUCCCUGCCUGGACGCACCUGGACCAAGAGCGCUACAUCACACACAGACACUCCAGGCUGUACAUUCAGCUGUGUCUGGAUGACCUUACAAUUCUCAGGCCAUCUGUCGCCAUGGCGAAGUUCCUCAGCUCCUCAAAUCCAGAGAAGGGCAGGGAAGGGGAGCAGCAGAGGGAUGAGUGCGCUCCCCAUUCAAGCGCAGACCAGCCUGGUGGGUCCCAGGGAAGUGAGCGGUCCAGUCAUCUCAGAAAGGAAAGAGAGGUGGAAGAAGGAGAUCGGCCAGGGCGGACUGACGAUAGAAGCCACAAACAGGCCACAGAGGAGCCUGUCCUCUCUGCUGUAACAGGAAACCGCUCCAAACUCAGCGUGGAUCAGACGAACAGGAGAACCAGGCCAGGAGAGGAAAGGACAGCAAAACAUGCCAAAAGAGCAAGAAAAGAUGACAAAGAUGACAACCUAAAGUCAAAAACCCGAACUGUAGAGGAUAAACAAGAAAAUACAGGGAGUGGGGAGAGGGGUAUGUACAAGCCACCCCUGACUGACCCCGCCUGUUCAUUGACCUCUGGCUGGUUGAAGGUCGCGCCCCCUGUUCCCUGUGUGUCCGUUGUCUUCUGUGUGGAGUCCAAAGAAGGACUGGCCUUUCGCAACGUUCAGGCUUCAGAAGGAGACCCCAGACUCUCUCUGUGUUUUGGGGUAUCUGCUGUGUUGCUUGGUGGGGUGCAGAAGUGGAGGCAGGACCCCAAAAACUGUCCCGUGGAACAGAGAGAAACUACACUAAGGGAAGCCCAGAAUGAUAGGGUGGAGCUCCAGUUCGUGGGUGACUGUGUGCGCUGGUACCCCUUGCUGCAGCUUGGCUGUGUUUACAGGAUAGUGGCCCCCCACACUGAGGACCCUGGGGUUCUCCGUGUCUGCAGUGUGCCAGCGCAGGGCGGUGCCCAGCUCCAAAGCGUGCCCACCGUUCUGGUACAGACCCGCUGGCACCUCCACACCCUGCCCCUCCAACAGGGAAACGGGCGUGUGCAUCAGAAGGUCACGUCUGUCUCGGAGGUCCUAUGCUGCAGCACUACCUCUUCCUUGGUAUCCUUUGAAGGAGUGAUUUGUCAAAGAAUACCGCUGCUGGAGGAGAAAGGGAAGACCCUUUCUGUUCAAUCAGAGCUCAGGGAAAAGGGUGUGGAUGUGGAGCAGACUCUGAAUGUCAGGCUGACAGUGCAGGAUGUCCUGUCUCCUGGCCAGAGUAUGCAGGUAUACACUGACCUCUCCCAGAGACCGUUCACCCCGGGCCUCGUACCUGGGGCCACAGUGCUCUUCCAGACCUUCCAGCGCAAGGUUUCCCGGAUCGGCUGUGUGUAUUGCCGCUCUGUCCCCCUGAGUUGUGUGACGGUUACUGCACUGGCACAGGCUGGCUCAGCGGAACUCAGGACUCCACCUCCCAUCAUGCACCUGGGCGAGUGGGCAUUGAAGGGGGCGCAGCACUGCGGCCUGGCUCGGGUGCGGGCUCACGUGGCGUGCGUGCUGUACCUGCAGCUGCAAUGGGUCUGCUCUCUGUGCUCCAGUGUCUUCAAACAGGACACCUGCACUCGAAACUACCCACCAUGCACUUCAACCACUGGAGUCUUCCAAGCAGAUGCAAAGGCAGUGGUGGAGGAUGGUACUGCAGAGGCCCAAGUGUGGUUCUCCUCUCAGGCGGUCUCACAUCUGCUGGCAAUGAGCACGACAGAAUGGGAAGGACUACAGCGGCUGGUCAGGGUCAGAGGUCACCUGAGAGUGCACCACCAAGGGAGGAGCGUGGGGUCUGACGUGGCCUCGGAGGACCCCCUGCUGCAGUACCUGUCCUACCUGUGCGUCUGCGCAGCCGUCUGCCGCUCCAUCACGCUCACCUGUGAACUGCGAUCGCGGUCGCAGGGCGGCGCUGCGCACGGACACGAGAACACCCAGCUGAAGAGGUUCACCCGUGGGGACCGAGAGUUCAUCACCAGGAUCCCAGCCCCCCUGCAGCUCCAGUGCACUGAGCUGAGAGAGUGGGAGAGCUCCAUGUGACAGAGAGAGGGAGAAAGGGAGAUGGGGAAUAGGGAUAAAACAAGAGAAGAUAAGCAGGAGAAAGGAAGGGAGACUACAGAACUGGAGGGGGAAGACAGAAUUAAAGAAUGAAUUUGUGUGUAUCAUGGGACAGACGUUUCAAGGUGACAUCCGUUCUUACCGGCUGAAAUGGUGUGGAUUUCCUGAUGAUUUGGAUUUCCUGAUGAUUUGGCAGCACAGAGUGAGAAGGGAAAGACACCCAAGAAUAAUGCUUCAUAACAAUGUGUGCUGUAAUAACUGUAGAAGUGCUCUAAAAGUGUGCCAUAUUGUUUACACUUUUUUAAUGUAAAAAAUUAGUUUUGUAUUAAACCAUUAAACUCUUUUCUUGAUUGGUG